AUGAAAGAAGAAGUUACAAUUAGGUAUGUUCUAGACUUGAAUAUACAUUCUUGGUUAAGUAAGUGCAGCAUAGAGUUUGGUUGUUUUAACAAUGUGUAUUUCUUGCUUGACGACAUUCAGAAGUCUCUUGUAACACAAUGUAAAUCUUCAAAAAUCUGGUAUUGGCUAUCGAACAGUGCAAAAGUAAGAUCAUUCUUGGCCUAUGAUUAUGCUUACAUGCUUAUCAAUGGUGUACCCGAAAAUAGAAAAGAUCUCACAAGACUUGUUGCUCAUUUCCUUUAUCAAGCUCAUAAGAAACAUUUCAUUGGUGAGAGUAGGAUUUAUGAUCUCUGUGCUAAUGUUCCCAUCAUCGACGGUUGUGAUCGUGUUCAUGUUAGGAAGGAGAAGAGUGUAACUCUUGCACCUGUGUCCGGAAGCAAAUGGGCCAAGUUAUUUGGUCCUUCUAAUCCAUUUCUAAACCAGAAAUAUAUUGAUGUUGGAAAUGAAUAUGUUUGGAGGAGUUCAUUUUUGGGAGAAACUACUUCUGAGAAAGUCAUUCUAGACUUUAUGUGCAAGUACACCAAAUCUAUGGAUUUACCCGAGCUUUCUCCUCCAAACUUGGAGUUGAAAGUAGCUUUUUCUCCACUGUCAAUGAAACAAGCGUUUAUGCUUCUUGAUUGGAUAAGGUUUCUUCAGACUAGGGGGGCAUGUCUACCUGAAAGAUUCCAGGCAAGCAUUCAAGAUGGAAAAUGGUUGAGGACUUACACGGGUUAUAAAUCUCCAAGGCAGUCCAUUCUUCCUGAUGAAACAGGCAAAUCAAUGUUUGAUAUGGUGAAGCAUGUUCUCAAGGAUAUAUCAGUUAUAGAACAAGAGUUCUACCAUAACAAAAUUAGAAAGUAUCAAGAUGAGUUGACAUUUCUUGGUGUGGGAUUCGGGUCAAGUGACGUGCAGAGAUUAAUUGCUGGGCGAUUUGUCUCUCUUGUUUUGUCUGCUGGAAUCAGAAAAGAGGUGGUCUUUUCUUUGUUGAAGUUCAUUGGUUUCUUGAACACAAGGAAAAUGAUUGAUGAGGAGUGGUUGCAAGCCAUGAAGAGGGCUAAGUGGCUGAAGACUCAUCAGGGUUAUAGUGCUCCCGAGGGAGCUAUUCUCCUGUUGUCUAAGAUAGAAACAUCUUCAUGUUUGAUUACCCCGAAUCUUUUUAUUGUUGAUGAAGCUUAUUAUGGAAGCAAUUUAGGCUCUUUCUCUGUUGAACUAAAGAUGCUUGGAGUUAUAACCGAUCAUGUUGAAUCUUUGAAAGUGAUUGCAGAAAAUGCAAGUCUUUGUCCAAAUCUGACUUCUGUAACAGCUGAUUGCGGUUUGCUUAUGCUUGAAUGCAUCAAAGUUUGUGGUACUUCUGCCACUAGCUUGAUUGAAAGGAUUAAAGAGCAGCCUUGGUUAAAGACAAACUCGGGGUUCAACACCCCUUUCGAAACUACUUAUCCUAAUCCAAUAUGGGGCUCUUUGGCGAAUGCUUUGCAGAUUCCUACAGUUGAUGAACUCUAUUAUGGGAAUAAGCUUUUGAAUUAUCAUAGUGAACUGAGUGCAAUUGGAGUGGCUGUUGAUACUGCUUGUGUAAUUGAAAAGAUUGAUGCUAAGUUUAAGCUUCUUUUACAUUCAUCAAAACUGGGACCUGAUAUGGUACUAUCAAUGUUGAAGAGUUUGAAAGAAAUGAGACAAACUUCAUCUUCAGGAUGUGUUGAACUGCAGUGUUUGUUUACUGAGAAGUGGUUAAAAACUCGUUGUGGUUACAUGGCUCCGAGCCAAUCAAUUGUUUUUAGUAUGAAUUGGGGAGCGGUAUCGCCUUUUGUUGACCUUCCUCUAAUCGAUGAUGGGUUUUAUAGCAUUAUGAUUUACAGGUACAAGGAUGAACUCCAAAUGUUGGGUGCCAUUACCAACUUCGAGGGUGGCGCUGGACUUGUUCUUGAAGGUCUAAAGAGUCCCAUUGAACCUGAAUUUAUAACAGCUUCUGGUACAAUAGCACUGUUGAAGUGCCUUCAGUCUGUUAUGUCCAAGUCUUCUGAUCAGUCAUUGCCUGAGAACUUUCUUGAGAACAUCUCCAAAAGCAAGUUUUUAAAGACAACAAAGGGUUACUCAGUUCCCGAAGAAUGUGUUCUUUUCGAUUCAGCUUGGGAAGGUACUUUGAACCAGACUGAUGUGCCGAGUAUUGAUGUGAUGUGCUACGAAUCAGACUUAUCGGUGUACAAGGAGCAGUUGAAAGCCAUUGGUGUAAGAACAGAUUCUAUGGAGGUUUGCUAUCUUAUAUCUCGGCUACUCUAUUCGCAGACAAACACAUUGUUGAUAACAAGGCUAUAUACAUUCCUUUACUUGUUCAACUGGAAGCCAGAGAACUCAGAUGAGUUCAUCUCUCUUGUUUGGAUACCAAGCCAUGAUGGUGUCAAGGGAAAAUGGAUUAAGUCCACACAAUGUAUACGUAAUGACAACAAUGAUCUCUUUGUUACUCGCUUGCAUUGUCUUUCUCGGUUUUACAAGCCAGAAUUGCUACCUUUAUUUGUGUCAGCUUUUGGUGUUAGAGAAUUUCCUUCUCUGGAUGACUAUUUCCAGUUAUGGAAUGAUUGGACUUCAAGCAAUGACGGCCGUGUUUCUAAAGCUAAAUGCCGAUCUUUUUGGGAAGGCAUAUCAAAACAUUGGAAGCCCGAAACCAUAGAGGCUUUCAAGCAACACUUCACCAAACUUUCUGCCACCACAGGUUUGGAUGAUGAGAUUCACUUGGUAGACAAGGAACAUGUUUUCACACCUGAUGAUUUGCGCUUGAAGAGUAUUUUUGAAAGUGUUUCACUACCUUUGUUUGUUUGGUUCCCGAAUGUUGGUACCUUAUCGUCUUCCUCGUGGUUACUCAAGACGAUCUAUUGCUCUCUAGGAGUAAAAAACUUGACUGAUUCUGUCAAAGUGGGGAGCAUCUUUGCAGGAGAUACACCAAAGAAACUCAUACCGAAGAAUGGUUUGAUCGAAAAAGGUCUCAUCAAAAUGACAUUGGCUUUUCUUGCCGGUCCACUGCUUAAUAUGCCAGUAAAGAAGAGACAACAAACUGCCACUGCCCUUCUUAACCUCACCCUAUACCAGACCGAGCAGCCCAUCAAAAUCACCUACAUCCUGACCCCAUACCCGAACGAAACAGUGAAAGCUGAAGCAAAGAAAAUGGUGUUUUGGGACAAAAAAUCAAAGCAGCUGAUCAUUGACAAAUCAGGGUACGAAAACAGAAAAAGUAGCGCAGAGUUUGCGUCUUGUUUUGCUCAAGAAAUUUCGGAAGGAAUGCUGCCAGAAGCAAGAGCAACUGUAGUAGAUAGUCUCAGCAGAAUUAUACACAUGGGAUUCAUGUAUGAGUUCAAAGAAGACUCUGUUGGGUACUUGUUAGUAAGAGAGAAUCUGGAGAUGUUGAGUGAAGAUGUUAAGUUUGUUGGUUCUGUAUUUGGUCAAGUCAAUUCAGAGGAAAUGGCUCCUUUUACACCAUUGCCACCACCAUCCAAGAAGCUGUGCAAGAGAGGUAAUAGUAGUGCCUUGGCUUGA